UCAUCCACCAACCGAUUACACGGGACACACUCUAACAUUCAUCCAUUGCUUUGAUCAAUUGUUAAUGCUCUUUGAAAUCAAUUUAUUUCAACAUCAAAUGCUUUUUAUUACUUGAUUUAAUUAUUUUUUUCUUGCGAUACUUCCUACAGGUUUAACUAUUGCUUAGACAUGGAGAAAUUUGUUGCUGCCACAAAUGUAAAGGUUAGCAACCAUAUACCCGAUGAUCUUGCCUUCUUUAUUUUGUCUAAAUUGUCUAUAAAAUCUUUGUACCGAUUUGGAUGUGUACGCAAAGCUUGGACUCUCUUGUUUGAAAACCCUCAAUUUAUGAUAAUGUAUCGCAACUAUUUCCUUUAUAAUAACCAUUCCUAUUACGAUGGUGCUUCUAUCCUCCUGAAUCAUUGUCUAGUUCCUUCUGGUGAAUCAGGUGAACCAAAUGAACUACUCCACUCUACGUUGUAUUUACUUUCUGGUGACAGGUUUGAGAAUAUGGUCAAAUUAGAUUGGCCACCUCCAUUUCACGAGGAUGACAGUUAUAUUGAUAUUUUGAGUUCUGUUUGUGUUAACGGGACUCUUUGUCUCACACAAGGGAGCAACCCGUACGCAAAAUGUGUAUUUUGGAACCCUACUACUGAUGAAUUCAAGGUCAUUCCACUUAGUCUUUUUGAGUAUGUACCUUAUCAUGACACUAUGAAGACCUUUCAUGGUUUUGGUUAUGACCAUAUGUGCCAUGUGAAGCAGAUGUAG